AUGGCUCUCCAAGACAAGCUGAUGCACACCUCCACUGAAAAUCUGGCUCAGCAACAAACAUUUUGGACGUUCAGCCGGUCUUUGCUGUGGAAGAACUGGCUCAUCAAGAAGCGCCAGCCUGCUGCUACCGCAUGCGAGAUCCUCGUGCCCACCUUCUUCAUAGUACUGCUUGGAAUUCUCAAGCUUAUCACGAAGACUGUUGACGUACCGGCCGGCUGGAGUGAUGACGCUGACAAUACCGCCGGCACCAGGUACAACCUGUUCCAGCCAACUGGGCCAAGCUUCGAGUGGGUUGACGUUGACUUGCCUAAAUUCGCGAUGUACGAGUCCUCGAUGACCGGGCUCAUGCUAAAACUUGCUCGUCAGUCUAUCGAGGAUGGCCUGCGGUUGGAAGAUCUGUCUGCCUCGGACCUGGCUGCUUGUCGGGCAGGAGUGCUGGCUGGAGGUCUGGUCGAUACGAACACGUCGUCGCCCUUCAGCGUUCGGACUGAGUGCGCCGGAAAGGUUGUGCCGUACAAGAUUGGCGUGGCACCGGACAAUGCUUUCACUCGCAACUACUUCGCAGAGGCCAUGGAUUUGUGGUACCCUCGACUGGAUCUGAUGAACUCAACGACCGAGACGCUGACGAUCCCGUCGUUCAAGGAAAGCAUCCAGUUCUUCGACACGAACGACGCGCUGACGGACUACGUGAAGAGUAGCACGUACGGCGACAAAAUCGGCAACCCCAAAAUAUACGCCGCGAUUGUGUUUGACUCGGCUCCGUCGGGAGAUGACAUCGGGACGUUUGGAUCCAUUGAGUACUCGCUGCGAUUAAAUGCAACCCGAGGUGAUGGUAGAGACUCGGUGGGUCGCGUGCCGACCACGGAUGGUGGUCUUGUGGAUGUCGAGUCGUUCCAGAAGGAUAUUGUUACGGACUACUACACUGCGUACACUCUAACAGGUUUCAUGACUCUCCAGACACUUGUCACCCGUUUUGUAACGUGUAUGCCCGAAUGGAACUCUGCCAACCAGUCGACUACGGGCCUCUGUCAGCGCUCACAGACUACCGCAGUCGCAUCAACAGAGCUUGACGACACUCUUCUCGAUGUUUUGAGCAACGAUGGUUUGAUCAAAGAGGCUCUCAAUGGGUUGGGCCUUUCCGAUAGUGCUGCUCUGUCGAGUGCUCUGGCCUCGUUAUCGAGCAGUACCAGAGAAGCUCUUCUAACGCCGCUACGUCAAGCGCCUCAGCCAAUCAUGGGAGCUACGGUCGCACCGUUUCCUGCUGGCAACUACACCAGCUCUCCAUUCUACGCGAACGUGGCCAGUGUCUUUUUGAUCAUCUUUAUCAUGGCGUAUCUGUUCACUAUCUCGCGAAUUUUAGUGGCGCUUAUCCAAGAAAACGAGCUGCGUCUACGAGAGUUCAUGAAAAUCCUCGGUGUGACUGAGAAGACCAUCACCUUGACGUGGUACAUGACGUACGCAGCGAUUCUCUUUGUCGGUGCUGUUGUCCAAGCACUCGCCGGUCUGGCAGGACUCUUCCCCAACAGUUCAUUGAUCGUCACCUUCCUCUUUUUCUUCCUGUUUGGACUGAGUGUGCUGGCGUUGGCUUUCUUCAUCAGCACUCUGUUCAGCAAGGCUCGUGUCGGUGCGUUCGUGGAAAUGGUGGCAUUCUUUGCCAUGUACGCAGUUUCGCAAGGAUUUUCGACUGGCACAGCCGAAAAAACUGGCGAGGGUGUGCAAUUCUCGACGAUAGACACUCUCAGUGACAACUAUCGUCUCAGCACGGCUUUGAUGAUGUUUGUCUUUGACACGAUGCUGUACACAAUUCUCGGUCUUUACUUUGAGAAGGUUAUGCCCAAGGAAUACGGCACGUUGCUCAAAUGGUUUUUCCCCGUCUCACCAUCGUAUUGGCGGAGCCGCAAGCAAAAGCAAGUAACUGUCGAGAGCGCGGUGGACGGUAUCGUGGGGGGAGGGCAUGCUGUUGAUAUGAACCCCAACUUCGAACCGGUCAGCGCUGACCUUCGUGAACAAGAACAGCGCGGUGAAGCCCUCACAGUUAAGCGACUGCGUAAGGUCUUUCAGGUUCCGGGCGGUGAGAAGAUAGCCGUCAAGGGACUUGAUGUCACCAUGUACAAGGAUCAGAUCACCUGUCUGCUGGGCCACAACGGUGCUGGUAAAACCACGUUGAUCUCGAUGCUCACGGGUAUGACUGCCCCUUCCAGUGGUAACGCAACCUACCGUGGUUUGUCGAUCAACGAAGACAUGGACGAGAUGCGCCGGUCGCUCGGUAUCUGUUUCCAGCAUGACGUUCUGUUCCCAGAGCUUACGGUCGAGGAACAUCUCCAGUUCUUCGGACAGAUUAAGGUUGGGUUGACCGAGAAGCGCAACUCAAAGCCCAACGAUCUGUCGGGUGGUAUGAAGCGUAAGUUGUCAGUUGCUGUGUCACUACUGGGUGACAGCUCGCUGGUGUUCCUCGACGAACCCACUUCCGGUAUGGACCCGUACAGUCGUCGCAGCACGUGGGAGAUUCUGCUCCACAACCGCAACAACCGUGUGAUGGUGCUGACGACGCACUUUAUGGACGAAGCAGAUAUUCUAGGCGACCGCAUCGCUAUCAUGGCUGAAGGUGAAAUGCGUUGUUGCGGGUCGUCGCUGUUCCUGAAGAACCGUUUUGGUGCCGGCUACAAUCUGACUCUGGUGAAGGACGACGCUAAGUGCGACGACGAUGCUGUGGCCGCUUUUGUGCAAUCGUACGUGCCGGCUGCUGUGUUGCUGAGCAACGUCGGUAGUGAAAUUGCCUUUCAACUUCCUCUGAACAGCUCGUCCGAGUUUGCCACCAUGUUCGCAGAAAUGGAUCGUCGGUUGAAAAGAUUGGGUCUUCUGUCCUAUGGAGUGUCAGUAACCACGUUGGAGGAAGUGUUCAUCAAGGUGGCAGAGUUGGGCGAUGAGAACAACCAACACACUCUUGGCAAAUACGCUGCGCGGAUGACCGCUGUGGGUUCGGAUGGGUUUUACCAGUCGUGUGACGAGAUCAUCACAACCGAAUCCAUGUUUCAGAGACACCUGCGUGCCCUACUACUGAAGCGUUACCGCUACGCCAAGCGCGACAAAAAGGCCAUCAUCUACAUUGCUGCGCUGCCGGUUCUGCUGAUCGCCGCGGGUCUGGGAAUUUCAAAGGGCAGUAUGGCAAUCGAAGAUGAUCCUUUGAAGGCAUUGACAGCUGACGAGUAUUCUGGUAAUGAGACCCCGACGCCGUACUUUUGCCAGACAGGAGCUGGGGCUGGCGAAUGGUGCAGUGAUGUGAUGACAUCCUCUUUUUACUCCGCAGGCGACGUACAGCCGCUCCCCAUCCCACAGCCAGCUUUCGACUCUGACUCGCCCACUGUGUGCGGGGUCACGUACACAGACCCUGCACUGAACGCGAGUGGAAACACUGGAUACAUGGUUGCCAUGGGACAGGAAGCAUUCGAACGGGGAUACGGCAAGGGCGCUGAUCUUGUGGAAGGCCAGUACGGAGGCUACUUGGUGUACGGCGACAGCAACCAGAACUUGCUCGGCUACAACGUCUUCACUAACACUACGGGGUCUCACUCUUCGGCGAUUUUCAAGGCAUUGAUGGACCAGGCAGUGAACAAGUACCCGUUGCCGUACACCGAUGCUGCAGAGUCCGUAUUCAGCUCCAACACCUCGUUUGUUGCGGCUCUUUUCGUGUGCAUCGCGUUUACCUUCUUGCCGGCGUCUAUCGUGGUUUUCUUGGCCAAGGAGAAGCAAAAAGAGCACAACUCGAAGCACCAGCAAUUGGUCUCCAGCGUAUCGUUGCCCGCCUUCUGGCUGUCCAACUACAUUUGGGAUAUGACCAUGUACAUUUCCCCUGACUGCGAUAGCUGCUCGUCCGAGACCUUCCCCGCCGUGAUUCUCCUGUUCGUGCUCUUUGGUCUGGCCAUCUGUCCAUUCAUGUACUGCCUGUCGUUCCUUUUCAAGGAACAUGCGUCCGCGCAGACGUUCACGAUCGUUCUCAACUUUAUGAUUGGCGUGGUGUUGAUGAUCACGUCCUUCAUCUUGGACCUGUUCGACUCGACUUCCGACGUCAACUCGGUACUCAAAUUCUUCUAUCGCUUCUCGCCGCUGUUCAACCUCGGCAACGGACUCCUCAGUAUGGUCACGAAUGACGUCGACAGCAUCCAGUACAGCGAAGACGGCACGACAAGUCCGUUCAGCACAGAUGUUAUGGGCUGGGAGUUGCUCUUUCUCGCGUUCUCAGCGAUCGGUUUCUCUUGUCUGACGCUGUAUCUCGACUACGCCAAAACCUUCGCGAAGACCAAGGACCACGACCACGGAAACGAGGAUGAGCACAACGAAAUUGACGAAGACGUUCAGAAGGAGGCAGACCGUGUUGCUGCUGGAGACGCGGACGAAGAUGCCGUCAAGCUCGUUGGACUGCGGAAGAUCUACCCUGGUGGCAAGGUGGCUGUGCGCAACCUCUCGUUUGGCUUGAAGCGCGGCGAGUGUUUCGGAUUCCUUGGUAUCAACGGCGCUGGCAAGACCACCACGAUGAAGAUGCUCACGGGUGACGUUCAGCCGUCACACGGAACGGCUACGCUGGGCGGCUUCGACAUUUUGUCGCAGCAGAUCGAAGUUCGCCGUCAGAUUGGAUACUGCCCACAGUUCGACGCCUUGUUCGAUCUUCUCAGUGUUCGCGAGCACCUCGAGUUGUUUGGCGCUAUCAAAGGCAUCCCACAGGCCACAAAUUGGCUGGAAGUCUCAGUGGCGGCAACAAGCGCAAACUGUCCGUGGCUAUCGCGAUGA